AUGGACAGGUGUAGAUGUGAGGACUAUGCGGCCGCUGUCUCCAAGUUAAAGUUCUACACGGUGGGGACAUUGAGGCCAGAUAUCAUCGACAAUUACGAUGGGUCUGGAUACAAAGUAAGCUGGAUAAGGCAUGGUGUGGAUUCCGAAGAUUUAAAAUUUGAAAAACCUAAAGUGUUAGCUAUUCGGGAGCUGCAAAUGACAGAAAAUCAAUUGUCAGACGAGAGUCGCAAGAUCGAACAGAUGUGGUGUCCUUAUAUGAAUUCCAUUUCGCGGUGA